AAAAAAGUGAUCUGUGUCAAAGAGUAGUUCCUUACACGAAGAUUGUUUUGUAUAAAAUUAAUACUGUUUUAGGUUGAAUUGAGCUGUGUUAUUUAAAUAGAAGCAAUGUCGAGCACAUCUCAAAAACAUAGAAACUUCGUCGCAGAGCCUAUGGGUGAGAAAUCCGUUAUGGAUCUCGCCGGCGUGGGUGAAGUACUGGGUAAAAGACUUGAAAUUGCCGGAUUUGAUAAGGCAUAUGUGGUUCUGGGACAAUUUUUAGUCCUGAAAAAGGAUAAAGAACUUUUCCAGGAAUGGAUGAAGGAGACUUGCAGUGCAAAUUCUAAACAGUCAGCAGAUUGCUACCAAUGUUUAAAGGACUGGUAUAAGCGUGAGGCAGGGAUGUUAGAUGGGCACCUAGAAAUCCUUGUGCCGAGCUGGCUGAAAGUUGGUAUUCGAGCCGGGAAACUAGUACGCCUGUGCUCCGCUCUGCGGCGCUGCCAAUUCUGGGAGCUGUGGAGCAGGUGGUCACGUCACGGUGAGGCUAUGCGCGCACUGGUGACUUUUGUCAGCGUGACUGUUUCGUCGCUGUCACCGCAUACACGGACCUAUAAGACGGUUAGAAUUGCCGUGCGCGCACUAGCAACAAAAAGUCACCAAGUCAGUCAGGGAAGUCUUUCAUCAAAAGAAAAAACAGAAGCAGAGAACUACGAGAACAAAAGAAUACAAAGUCUGGCCGCAAAAGCAGCCAAAAAACGUAAAACAUAUAGAUAUUUUGAAAAACUUUUAUUUCUCAUCCCAAGCAUGGAAAUGAGAGAGAGCACAGGUAACUCUGCAUAUAACCCUGAUGAAGAUGAUGAAGGUAAGUCAGAAGAAGAAGAUAAUGCUAGAAAUACAAACAAGCCACAACGUACCAAAAAGAAAGCUGUUCCUCAAAAGGACAAAAUAAAUGUGCAAAUCAGGAUUUUACAAAUUUUUAAUGAAAUUCAAAAUCAGCAGUUUUUGAGACCAGUUAAUCAAGCACCCUCCACAAUUUCUUGUCCAGAAAGUCACAAUUUACGGAACUGCACUCAAGUUUAUUCUAAGCAUCACAUGAUCACACGGCCUAAUAGUUCUCUGUCGUUACCAUCUUCUAGUCCUCGGCCUCAACAGCGAUUUGAGCAGCAUUCUGCGUCUUUGCCACCUCCUAGCCCUCAAAACCCAUCCUACAUAAUAUUAUCAUCUCCAGAAGUAACCCUUUCUUGUCCUCAAAAUGCAAACAUACCGUCUCCUGUAUAUAGUGAGAAUGUUCAGUCAUUUGUAUCAAACUUCACAACUGGUUCCGGAGAUUCUGAAGAAAUCUACGACAUAUGCAAGGAGUAUGACAUCAGUUAA